CCGCGCCCUGGACGUGCAGCCCAAGCAUCAAUGUCCUCUAUCCGGAGCUCCGCGGCGCCACGAGCAAAGCUCUGGACGCGGGCUUCCCCGCAUCCCUUCUCUUGGCCGCCUGGGGAAAGACGGGACGCGGGAUCGGACGCGGAACCGGAGACGAGACCAGGAGGCGAAGGACCGCCACCGCCCUCUCCCCGCGCGGGCAACUCCUCCAGGGCCAAAGAGCCAGGCGCGGCCUCUUUAAGAGGCGGGGCGUGGGCGGUCCGGCCGGCCCCUGCGCGGCGCCGAGCACUCCGGGAGCUGGAGUUCCGCGGUGCAGUCGCACCCUCCUCCUCCUCCCAGUGGACUCGAGGCCUGAGAGCCGCAGGUCGGUGGUGGCCUCCGAAGGAGGAGCGGCAGAACCGCUCGCCCAGAGGGGGCGACGCCGUGCCAGCCGGAAGCUGGGAGGAGGAGAACGCCCCAGGUGCCGCCCGACGGCGUGCGCCUGCGCAGAGAGCCGGCGGUCGGCCAGGCGGGACGCGCCUGCGCAGAGAGCCGGCGGUSGGCCAGGCGGGAGGCGCCUGCGCAGAGGGCGGGCGGGGGCGGGACUGCACGCGCCUGCGCCAAGGGCCGGCUGGGGUGCCGGCCGGCGAGCAUGACCCGCAAGAUGGAGACAGAAUCGGGAUUGACGGGAUUCAGCAAUUCUGUGACGAUCUGAGGCUGGACCCCACCAGCGUCAGCGUUCUGGUCAUAGCAUGGAAGUUCAGGGCUGCCACUCAGUGCGAGUUCAGCAGGAAGGAGUUCAUGGACGGCAUGACYGAGCUGGGGUGUGACACCACCGAGAAGCUCAGAACCCUUCUGCCCAGCCUAGAGCAAGAGCUGCAGGACUCCGUGAAGUUCAAGGACUUCUACCAGUUUACCUUCACCUUUGCUAAGAACCCUGGGCAAAAGGGCCUAGAUUUAGAAAUGGCUGUUGCAUAUUGGAAAUUAGUGUUAUCGGGAAGGUUUAAAUUUUUAGAUCUUUGGAACACAUUUCUGCUGGAACAUCACAAAAGAUCGAUUCCCCGGGACACUUGGAACCUUCUGCUAGAUUUUGGAAACAUGAUUGCAGAUGAUAUGUCUAACUACGAUGAAGAAGGAGCGUGGCCUGUCCUCAUCGAUGACUUUGUGGAGUAUGCACGGCCAGUGCUCACGGGUGGAAAACACAGCUGAAGGUGGAGCAGGUCCGGAGCCAGCCCACAUCCUGCAGGGCACACCGGGUGGUGCUGUGUGCUUCGCUGCCAGUCUCAGCCACCGUCCUUGCCAUCCCAAAGCUGGAACGCAUCCUCCUGCUCAGAGCCACGAGGCUGGGGCGGGCUCCAUGGGGCUGCUCCCCCAGAGGACARCCACCGCAGGGGUCGGCACGCUUGCUGUAGCUGCUGCUUAGGAGAUUGCUAUCUGAUGCAGGUUCAGGGUGAACACCAGCAGUUACCAAUCGCACCCCGUCACAUGGUGAUCCCAGUACAGAGCCCUGUCUGUCCCGGGAGGAUGUGGUUAUGUGCAAGUCAGAUGGCCAGUGCCAGGAUGCAGCUCACCUAGGGACCCAGCGCUGUUCCUCCUGGGGUUGUGCUGUCUCUGGUUUGGAUAUUUGUUCUCUCGGGAUGUUUAUCUGAGACCCAUUUUAUAUUUAAGGCCCCGUUGCAGUCUGCAGUGGUGUCGUGUGUGGGCGUGAUGCUGCAAUCAGACUGUUGUCUUUCUGACAAUGCUAUUUCCACUUCCUGAGAAGUUCUGUACUUUUAAUAUAUUUUAUUUAAAAAGACAUUUUUCCAUUUUCCUUUUUGAAUGGUGAAUUACAAAUUUAAAAUCAAGUGUUCUUGUCCCUUUCACCUGUCUGCAGUCCCACAAUGCCCAGGGUCUGGCCUUACAGCCAUCCUCACGUGGACGCAAAGCCCACACCUGGACCCUUAUCUCUUUUGCAAGCUAGAGCCUGAGUUUACGCCCAGAGCCACUGGUGCAUGAGGUGCAGAGGCCCGGGGGGCCACUCUCCUGCUGUUGAGCUUUGAGCAGCACUGUGCUGACCUGAGGACAUGGACAAGACCUUGUCCACAGUGUGCCUUGCUGCCCUCCUGCAGCAUGCCAUGGAGAGACGGGCCGGGCUCUCUGGGCCAUCUCCAUGUCCUGUGCACAGGGUGCCCCUGGAACCUGCUCUAUGCUUAGCUUCUGUGUGGACAUGCCACAGCCUUAGGGAGCAGCCCCUCGCAGCCUGMGGACCAGGUGCCCUGCAAUGUGGGCAACUACCAGUGCUGUAGAGUGGAAGCCUUGCAGAGGGCAGCAGGGACGGAGGCCUGAGGGCGAGGCUGGUCUGUUCAGGGCRGGCCAUGUGACCUUUCUCAGGCUCUCUUGCCCUGUCUGAAARAGGAAACAGCCAUCUCUAAGUCUAACUCUCAGCAUUUCUUCAAUAAAAUAAACUCUGGCUGUAAUAAAAAACCCAGAAGCAGUACAGCACCCCCCUAGACUGCCUGGACUCCUGUUCUGUUCAGAGAAGUUUGUAGAAUUCAGUGACUAAGUGAGGGAGGCCCGCAGUCCUUCUGUGGGUAAGUUUGAAGUUCUGUGGGACUGUCGAUAGAUACUGAAGUGAAGUUGGUCAGACUUCAAAGACCUGUGUUCUGCUGCUUCCAUUAGUCAGCCUUUGAGUCCUGCAUGCUGCAAAGAUGCUAAGAACUUCAAAAUACCGCAAUAAAGUGUUUUCCCCAGA